AUGAGGCUCAGAUCAGUGAUCAAAGCUCCAAGGAGGUACGAGGAUGAAAUGGAGGGAAGCACUGCCAGGGAACAACGAGUAUCACGAGAACCACAAGAACCGCGAGAAUUGCGAUACUCGCGGAGGCGUACUGCGCCAAUUAAUUACGUCGAAUUCAAUCCAAAUCUUCCACCGGCCGCGUUUCCCACUUUGGACCAUCCACGACCGCCCGGUAAACAAAACUGCAGCCGCAGCGCGGUGAACAAGGGGAGAGAAGAGGAAGACAAAGAUGACGAAGAUGAUGAUGAUGAUGAUGAUGAUGAUGAUGAUGAUGAUGAUGAUGAUGAUGGUGUGUAUACAGUUCCAAGAACGGAAUAUGGGGAGGACUAUUCUUGUGUGUCUCUUCGAGAUUUUGAUAAUUUCGUAGCAAGCAACGGGCCCCAGAACCCCCAGUAUGCGGCGAAUAUGUUGGUUAUGAGUCAAACGAGCAUUUCAGACCUGUCUGUAAGUGACACUGAUGAUGGAGAAACGAUUGUUCCGGAGCCGCGGCCUGAGGAGGACCCAACAUGGUGCGACCUAGCUCUCGGCCUGCAGAUUGAAAUCGCGGAUAAUAUGCUUCUCCGCUGGCAUAUGGGAAAAAUCCAGAAAGUGCUAAGUCUCAGUAACAAAGAAGUCGUCGAGUUGCAACGGAAUCUUAACAAACGAGAUCAAGAUAUCGAAUACGAGAACAAAAUCCUAGAAGAAAUGCGAGCCACGCAGAUGCGCGCUAUCCUGGGUCUGGACUACUCGCAGUUGCAAAAGUAUUCGAUCCCAGAGCAGAUGAUCAUGUCGCGAAAGUCGUGGGCUCGCUGCCACAAGGUUAUAAAAAACAACUCCAAGAUGAAGUAUCUUCUGUGCGAGCUCGGUGAUCUUCGACUGGCUAGAAAAUUUCUCGCGAAGCGGGGUUUGCCGCUUUCAGAUGCUGGCGACUGGGAUAAUGACUAUGUCGCGACUCCCACGAUAUCUAACGAUUUUGAGGAAUUGAAUACGUUCGCCUGGAAAGAACCCGGACAAAUGCAGCCAGACACACUGAACGAGCUAACCGAUGGGACGAUCACACCAGAUUUCCAGCCUGGCACGUCCACGACUAUCGACCCUAGGCUUCUCUCGCAGCUGCCCCGAAAUAGCGCGCAGCAAGAAUACAACGAAGACCCCGAGAGUUCGACGGCAGCAUCAUGGGGCAAGGGGGAGGCACGGAAUACGAGCGGAAACAUGCCACCGUACAUGCCUGCUUCUUUCUCAUCUGAAUCGGCCUCUGACUUGCCUCUUGUCCCCAGACUCGUUUCUCGGUCGGACAGUGCGACCAUUCAGCAACAGUGGCCAGCUCAGGGCAUGCCUCCUGGUUAUGAGGUUCUGGGUACACAAGAACAACAAGCCACAAUACGACGGAUGGAUAGGGAAGGUCAGGUAAUUGGUGGGCAACCUGGUUGGAAUGUGGGCUUGGCUGAAUUUUCCACAGCGCCGGCGAUGAGGACCCCCAUGAUGCAACUUCCUGUUGAAGCUUCGUCUUCUGCACAGAUGUCGGUAUGGAACGAUCUACGCACAUAUGUUGAUAUGGAGGACGAGAGACGACUACAUGAAGCAAUGCUAACCUUUACCAACUCAGAGGCUUACCCCCAAGAGCCCGAUAAAUCGGACGAGACCCCGAGCCAGGAAAACCCGUGGGGUGAACUUUUGAAAGAAGCCGGUACAUGGGCGGCCGGGGAUGUCGUCGCGGAGCCAGCAGUGCAGACCCCCCAACGCCACCAAGUUGCUCUGCCAGGAGGGCAAAGCUAUAUAACCCCUGCUCCACAACGAUCUCCGGUUCCUGUAGAGGAAGAAAUCGAGGUCACUGAAGGCGGGGGAAAGAGCGAGACGCCAGGGCCACCAAUCUCACGUUACCCGAAAACCGUCGGCAUCGCUCGCAGCAUCGGAAGAGGGAAUCCAGUGACUUGGGAGUUGAGUCGCCUUCAAAUAAACGUUCUCGGUCGACUCACUCUAGCACCGGCGGGUACAAUCUCCGGCCACGUGCUGAAAAGCCUGCCAAGAAGAAGUAGGACAGGCAAUGACUAUACGAAGAAAUGA